AUGCUGCAUAAGAUUAAGAGGAGAGGCUUUAAGGCUUUCCUUUACACUGUCCAAAUUGUCAAUUAUUUCAAGUACUACUUCCACACAUUCAAAGUUGAAACCAUGGAAACUUCUCAUCCUCUUUCUAUUGAAAGUUUCUCUUACAGUUGGUUAGUGAACCUGAAGCCAUCCAUAGAAAGCCUUGAUGGCUCCCUUAGAGCUUCACUUGAUGCUUCUGAUGAAGCUUCCUUCAUUGAAAUGGACCCAAGAAUGCCACCUUCUAAAAGAUUCUUCGGAAACUCCCAAGAUUUCAAAUUCGACUUCCCAACUUCACAGUCCCCUCUCACUCUUGUUGAUGCUGAUGAGCUCUUUUCCAAUGGUUAUCUCAUGCCCCUUUUUGUUGAGUCUUUGAAAAUGGAAGCGUAUGAGGCCUCAGAUGCCAAUCCAAGCCUACCUUCCUCAUCACAUGUGCCAAAAAGUGUGGUUCCAAAUGGUCAUUCUAGAUGCCCUUCAUUAAAAAGGUGCAGAACAUUAUCGAGGAGAAUAUUUCAGAAGUAUCUCAACUUCUUAAGGCCCUUGUGUAGAAGAUUGAGGAGUGGCAAAUCAGGUUCAAAACCUGAAUCUGUUGUUAAAAGAACUGAGUCAGCAAAGAAUAGGGGUUACUAUUCUGAAACAUCCCCCCGGAUUAGUGUAGCUUACUCUGCUGAUGACUGGCGCAAGUCCUGUGAUUCCGAAAGUUCAAUUUAUGAAGCAGUUCUCCAUUGCAAAAGAUCCAUUGUAAGGGUUGUGAUCUCGUUGCAAUCUUUGACACUGCAACAAAUUGAGACAAAUGAGGUUGUGAUUACUCGAAAAUUGCAGCUUUAG